CUUUGGGCAGACUUGUUUAUAACGAAUUCGAUCCGGCACCAAACCAUGGAACCACUUGACAAAUUAUUAAUUCCAUCAAUCUACAUUAUGUUGAUGAUUGAAGAUUUUUCCUUGAACACAAUUCUAGUGCUCUGAUAUUCUUUUCCACUGAUAAUCAGCUUUCUUGAAUGGCUACUUUCUCAUCUCUGACCAGACCCAUCUCAGAAUCUUCACUAAUUGCUUUAAAGUUGGGUGAUCAAUCCCCAAAUUCACUUGGUUUUCCGAAACAUUUCGUAUUUUCAAGACAUGGGUUCUGCUCCUUUCCACCUGGGCUUGUUCAUAUUCAGCUAAAGCCAUCUCUUGCUAUCAAGAAUUCGUAUCAGACCGAGUCUUCCACCGAAUCUACCGUAUUAUCAUCUGAAGUACCAAUUCUUUCUUGCUCAGAGGCUUUAGGAAAUCGAAGCUAUUAAUAGAACUGGUUGUGGAUGAUGGUGCUGAUAGCUAUUGUUGAUAUUAUUUGUCCGUGGUGAAGGCAAUUGAGAGGUUAAGGACAAGCCGAGAAACUUAUAAAAGCAAAGAGCAGUAUUUAGCUAUGUACUCUAGUGUUUUUGGUGGAAUAACAACAGAUCCAUCUGCAAUGGUAAUCCCCAUGGAUGACCACAUGGUCCACAGAGGGCAUGGAGUUUUUGACACUGCUGCCAUUAUGGACGGAUAUCUUUAUGAAUUGGACCAACACCUUGACCGUUUCAUAAGGUCAGCUACCACGGCCAAGAUUAAGCUACCAUUUGACAGGGACAGCAUUAGAAGAAUACUCAUACAAACUGUAAGUGCUUCCAAGUGCAGAAAAGGCUCACUAAGAUACUGGCUUUCAGCAGGACCUGGUGAUUUUCAGUUAUCUUCAUCAGGCUGUCAUCAGUCUGCUCUUUAUGCUAUAGUAAUUCAAAACCAGUCGCCUCCUGAUUAUAGUGGUAUCAGAGUAGUUACUUCAUCAAUUCCAAUUAAACCUCCUCAGUUUGCUGUCAUGAAGAGUGUGAAUUAUCUUCCUAAUGCGCUUUCAAAAAUGGAAGCUGAGGAAAAUGGUGCAUAUGCAGCAAUAUGGCUGGAUUUUGAUGGCUUUAUAGCUGAAGGUCCUAACAUGAAUGUGGCCUUUGUAACAAAAGAAAAGGAACUCCUGAUGCCUGAAUUUGACAAAAUUCUCAGUGGCUGCACAGCUAGAAGGGCUCUGGUGCUUGCGGAAAGUCUUGUAAGGGAGGGAAUACUCCAGAACAUACGGGUAGAUAAAGUAACUGUGGAGGAAGGGAAGAAUGCAGUUGAAAUGAUGCUGAUAGGCAGUGGAGUUCUCAUCCGUUCUGUGGUGCAAUGGGAUGAACAGGUCAUUGGUGAUGGCAAAGAAGGUCCAGUAUCUAAGGCUCUACUGAAACUUAUCCUGGAGGACAUGAAAUUGGGGCCUGCUUCCGUACGAGUCCCUGUCCCUUACUAACCUGUUUGCAGUUUGCUAGGAGGAAGACACACUCACAGUCAUGUUCUUGAAUAAAAAUUUUGGAAGCUUUUAGAUUUACAUAUCACAAAAUCUUGUUUCAAGUUUCCUGUAGUUUAUAAUAUGGAGCUGUGUUCUAGCAUCAUUAUUGACUAAUGGGCCUGGGGCAUUGGUAAGAAUGAUAAUGGGUGUAAAAUUCCUUCAUUUGUAGAGGAUCCCAAUUGCUUAUUGAUCUGCACUGUUUCUGCUCAUGUGUAGAUGUUCACCCUUCUUUUCUCCCAGUUUUGUUGAAAAGAUGGAAACCAUCGCUCUGGCUUCAAAAA